CCUAGUGCACAGGCAACGCAGUGGCAAAAGGCAAAUCGCGAAAUGUACAACGCGCCGAGAUAAUUUCGGGACAUCAUUGAGUUUGCCGCUACUUCCCUAUCAAUGUCACUUUGAGACAUCAUUGCUAAAACUGCGCAGUCUAGCGUGAGGUAUCCUCAAAACUCCUGGCAAGAAAAAAAAUAUAAGAGGCAUUAUAGCUUUGCUCUCAGGCCACGCAUUAAGCAUUGGUUUGUCCGCACAAGAACCUGCGUGCAUUGGAUCGCGUACCUCUCUUCACGCAGCACAGAUGCUGGCACUGUUGGCUCCAUUCGUCGUCUGAAUCGCGUUUUCACCCCCGCGUUUGCUCAUGGUGUAGUUCGUAAAACAUUUUUUUUUCAUCGUUUGUCGUUUCUCUGCAUAUUGCCCACUGCAGGCAAGUGAAAUUUUGUCAGCCGUGGACUUGGCUCAGUGGAUGAGACUUCCUCUGUCGUAACCUCAUUACAUCAGUCAGUGUGAAGUGCCCAUCUCAUUGAAUCGUUCGUGCACGUUCUUCUUCACGCAUGCAAUCAUAACUUGGUCCCUUCGUCAAAUUAACCUGAACACUUAGCAAGGCGUUGGAAGGCUCGACGUCACAUUCAUUCCAUUUUAUGUUGGUGCCUAUCGCUCAACUUAUUCGCUCGCCCAUGCCCUGUUGUCAUGCUUUAGAGUCCAGCUGCGUUUCGUCGACGGGCAUUACUGCAGACCUUUAGAGCUAAAGCUAGAUCACUGCCAUCUGUGCCACUGUGAACAGAACUAACUCAGUCUCACUUGGUGUUUACCACUCAGUAAUUUUCAUCAACGUAACUCUUCGUUUUGAAUUACGUAAGGUUGCAGAAAAAAGGAAGAGAAGAAAACGAUUAGAGUUGGAUAUUUUACUACAGGACGACAAAAUCGGACGCAAUGUUCUUACUACUGUCGAUGGCGCAAAGUAGGCGCGACAGCUCACCCUUCAGACUCUUGGUGAUCUGCUUGCUGUUCGAGAUCUCCGCUCGAUGCGCGCUAGCCGAGAACGUCACGGUCGGCAACGACGAGAAGUCCACGCCACCAUUGCCACCAUUGUCGCCGUUGCCACCGGUGAAAGCUGCGGCCACAGACAAUGGCACUGAUGACAUCUUGCAAGGGCUAAGAGACAUGAUGACCAGCGUCUUUGACAGCAUUACUCCGUCUGUGAUGGCCAAGACGCUCGCGGCCAAGAUGCGUCCACAGUGCAGACUGGCCCUUCUCAGGACGAUGGUGGCCCUCAAGAAAUUGGAGCCAUGGGCUUUCAGAUUGUUCGAUGCUACCGGGAAAUACCCGACGGGCAUGCUGCAAGCUUCUCGCGUCGACCUCGGGGCUUUCGACGAGUGCAUCGAGACGGAGGUGCGCGACAUGUACGGCAAUGUCAGCUCACGUGGCCAGUACUGCAAUGUGCAGCUCCAGCCUCAGAAGGGGGCUAUUGAUCUCAAUGAGACGGAAUUAUUAUCGACUUUGCUGCACCCUAAGAUUUCCCAAUACAACCUCUGCGAUUGGAGCAAUCCGUUGCUAUCAAGUCACAGUGCAACUGUAAUGUCACCCAAGGCUGCGAGAAAGUCUGCCGGAAAAAUAACGCGUGCGAAAUUGUGUAGCCAACGUGCAGCAUAACGUAGCAAAAAAAUUACUUGUUGCGUAUCGCAAGCUUGCUUGGAUGCCCGCAGUAAAGUAAAAAAAAAUGCUGACCAGAAGCUAUCACAGCGACCAGGCCUGCUUGACAUAUAUGGAUCUUAACAUAAAAGUUAUCUCCAUAGGCAUGCAGUCACAAACAUCGACAGUAAGAAAUUGGCUCCGAAAAAGUAAGCAAAACCAAAAUGUAAUAAUAAAUGUAGAAAAACA